AUUCCCACAGCGAGUUCAGCCCACCGAAGUUCAGAGGGAUUCCUGACCUUCCUCUUUAGAGAGCCUCAGAAGUACAAUGCUGAUUAUGAUCUGUCAGCUCAGCAACAGGCAGACACCCUGGCCUUCAUGUCUCUCCUGGAGGAGAAGUUGCUGCCGGUGCUGGUACAUACUUUCUGGAUAGACACCAAAAACUAUGUGGAAGUGACCCGGAAGUGGUAUGCAGAGGCUAUGCCCUUUCCCCUCAACUUCUUCCUGCCUGGCUGCAUGCAGCGGCAGUACAUGGAACGGCUAGAGCUGCUGAGUGGGGAGCACAUGCCUGAGGACGAGGAAGAGCUGGAGAAGGAGCUGUACCGAGAGGCUCGGGAGUGUCUGACCCUGCUCUCUCAGUGCCUGAGUUCUCAGAUCUUCUUUGGAGAUGCGUGAGUCUGACUCCAAGAGGGUAAUGGGUGGCUUGGAAGAAGAUACAGGUUCAGAUGGAGCAGCUGGGGCUGGGGCUGGGGUGGGCUCAGGCUCUGGACAGGAGGUCCUUGGGACAGAUACUGGCCCUGCUGCCAGUGGGGCUGUGUGUGGGGCCAGAGCCUUC